AUGCCAGGCGACUUACCAGGUCAUGCAAGCGAACAUCCGAGCGACGUGAGGCAUCAGCCGACGAACGGUAGUGCGAUUGGGACCAACGGAAAGGACGCUGAAAAUGGCGAGAACGACGCGUUUUCUAAGGGAAACGGGAGUGUUUCGGAGAAACAUCAUGGCUCUAACGGUCACUUGCUUUUAGAGGAGGUGCUGGAGACUGCUGACGUGGCGAAGUUGACUCACGCGCAGCGCAAGGCUCUGGUAGAGCACGCGUUAAACACGCUCGACCAAGACAAUGAAGGUUUCCUCUCCAACUUCGCCGCUAGACUCGAGAGGGUGGGCGUCGCGAUUCCAACGGUGGAGGUGCGCUUCGAGGACAUCCACGUGGAGGCGGGCGUGUACGUGGGCGACCGAUCCGUGCCCACCCUCCCUAACUACAUGCGCGACGUGCUCUCCCAACUGCCCCGCACACUGCAUCUACUGCGAGACUCGCGCCAGCGCCUUCCCAUUCUCAACGGCUGCUCAGGCAUCCUCAAACCAGGCCGGCUGACUCUGCUGCUUGGCCCGCCGGGAGCUGGAAAGAGCACUCUCCUGCAGGCGCUCGCUGGGUUGCUGCCCAAGGAUGUGAAGUUCCUCGCCUUUGUUUCACGUGAUCUCCUCCACUCCUCCACAGCGACCUCUCAUCAUGAUCCUCUCAUCUGUCGCGUCCUCUCACAUCCCCUUACCUCACGUCACCUGUCACUCGUUCCUCCUCUUUCGAUCGUUCUCCUCUCCACUCCAAUCCGUGUGUGUGGCCUCUCUGCCUCGCCGCCCGACAUCACCUCCCCCCCCUAUGCGAGGCAGGCGUCGGGAACAGUGACGUACAACGGGCAUGAGCCGGGGGAGUUCUAUCUGCCACACACGGCCGCGUACGUGCCGCAGACGCAGGCGCACAUCGGCGAGAUGACCGUCAGGGAGACCUUCGACUUCGCGGCGCGCAUGCAGGGGCCCGCGUACCGCAAGGAGCUUGUGACGGAAGUGGAGGAGAAGGAGAAAGAGGCAGGCGUAACACCGGAUCCCAUCAUGCAACAGAUGAUGAGGGCGAUGGCAUUGGAGGGCAGUCCUACGAGCGUGCUCACGGACUACAUCGUCCAUAUUCUGGGGUUGGACGUGUGUGCGGACACGGUUGUGGGCAGUGCACUAAGGCGUGGCAUCUCUGGCGGGCAGAAGAAGCGAGUCGCCACUGGCGAGGCGUUGGUGUCAGCGAAGCAGGUGCUGCUGAUGGACGAGAUCUCCACGGGCCUCGACUCCUCCACCACCUUCCUCAUCACGCGCUGCCUGCGCCACAUCUCGCACCUGCACCGCGCCACCACGCUCGUCGCCCUUCUCCAGCCCGCCCCCGAGACGUACGAGCUGUUUGACGACGUGCUGCUGCUGGCCGAGGGCCACGUGAUCUUCCACGGCCCGCGCGAGGACGUUCUGCCCUUCUUCAACUCGCUCGGCUUCCAGUGCCCGCCAAGGAAGGCCGAGGCUGACUUCCUGCAGGAGGUGCUAUCAGUGAAGGACCAGGGGCAGUACUGGGCCAACACAGAGCAGCCGCACCGCUUCAUCCCUGCUCAGGCGCUCGCUGCCGCCUUCAGUGACACACAGCGCGCCAAGGAGCAGCAGGCUCAACUCUCCACGCCGUUCCCCAAGGAGAGCAGUCCCAAGGGAGCGCUGGAGCACCGGCAGUACGUGCUGACGGCGCGGGAGAUCUUUGACGCCAUGGUGCAGCGCCAGCUGCUGCUCUUCAAACGCACCUCCUUCAUCUACUUUGCCUCCAUCGCCAAGAUCAUCCUGAUGGCACUAGUGACGUCCACAGUGUUCCUCUUCCCUGAGAUGAACGUGACGGUGGCGGGCGGGCAGAUAUACCUGGGAGCCAUUUUCUUUGGGCUCAUCGUGAUGCUCUUCAACGGUGGCUCGGAGACGCCCAUCCUCAUAGAGCGCCUGCCCAUCUUCUACCGCGAGCGCGACGCACUGCUGUACCCCGCAUGGUCGUACGCCAUCCCCAUGGCGCUCAUCUGCAUCCCCUACUCCGCCGCGCUUGCUGUCGCAUGGACCUCCAUUGUCUACUUCCUCGUUGGCUUCGCUCCCAACGCCGACCGGUUCUUCGCGCAGAUGCUGAUGUGGUUCCUCAUUCACCAGGUGGGCAUGUCGCUCUUCCGCUUCGUCGCCAGUGUGGGGCGCAGUCGCGGUGUCGCCAACACCUUUGGCACCUUCGCCCUCAUCGUCCUCUUCCUCCUCGGAGGCUUCGUCAUUGCCAAAGAGAACAUCCCCCCGUGGUGGAUCUGGGCGUACUGGAUGUCACCACUCGCCUAUGCGCAGAACGCCCUCGCAGUCAACGAGUUCAAGGCGCCCCGGUGGCAAGUGCCCGUGCCAGGCAGCAACAUGACCAUGGGCGACAUAGUGCUCACGUCUCGCUCCCUGCCCACGGAGGACAGCUGGCGGUGGAUUGGCAUCGGGGCCUUUGUGGGGUUCAUUCUGGUUUUCAACACCCUCACCAUCCUCGCCCUCACCUUCCUCAAUCUCCACCCGUCCUUCAACAACCACGCCCCUACUCUCAACCCCCCUCCUCUCCCCAUUCCCAUCCCCAUCGCCCCCUCUCCCUUCCACCCUGCCAUAACAGCGUAUGCGGCAGAGCAGCAGGUGGUGUCGGAGGAGCAGCUGCAGGCGAGGCACAUGGCGCGCACGGGGGAGAUGAUGGACGAGAAGAAGCACAGCCGGGGCAGCAGGAAGCGCAGCAAGUCACGGGGCAGCAGAAGCAGUGGGGCGCUGGACAAGUACCGGAAGAAGAGUGUGGAUGCCUCUGCAGAUGCGUCGGCGGUGGCGGAGGCAGGGGAGGCGGGGGUGCGGGGCAUGGUGCUGCCGUUUGAGCCGCUGUCUCUGUCCUUCAGCAGCGUCAACUAUUACGUGGACAUGCCUGCCGAGAUGAAGGAGGAGGGCGCCGAGGGCGACCGCCUGCAGUUGCUGCGCAACGUCUCCGGCGCCUUCCGCCCCAAAGUGCUGACAGCCCUGGUGGGCGUGUCGGGCGCGGGUAAAACAACGCUCAUGGACGUGCUGGCAGGCAGGAAGACCGGGGGGUACAUUGAGGGGGACGUGCGCGUGUCUGGUUACCCCAAGGUGCAUGAGACGUUUGCGCGCGUGUCGGGGUAUUGCGAGCAGGACGACAUUCACACGCCGCAGGUGACGGUGUACGAGAGCCUGCUGUACUCGGCGUGGCUGCGCCUGCCCCAGGACGUGGACAAGGACGUGCGCGAGGACUUUGUGGAGGAGGUCAUGGAGCUGGUGGAGCUGGAGGCGCUGCGCGGCAGCAUCGUGGGGCUGCCGGGGGUGAACGGGCUGUCCACGGAGCAGCGGAAGCGCCUCACCAUCGCCGUUGAGCUCGUGGCCAACCCCUCCAUCAUCUUCAUGGAUGAACCCACCUCAGGGCUGGAUGCGAGGGCGGCGGCCAUAGUGAUGCGCACGGUGCGCAACACGGUGAACACGGGGCGCACGGUGCUGUGCACCAUCCACCAGCCCUCCAUCGACAUCUUCGAGGCCUUCGACGAGCUGCUGCUCAUGACGCUGGGAGGGCAGGUCAUCUACUUCGGCCCUCUGGGCGUGCACUCACAGCACCUCAUUGACUACUUCCAGGCUGUGCCGUCAGUGCCUCGCAUCCCGACUGGCUACAACCCUGCCACGUGGAUGCUUGACAUCACCACGCCAGCAGCAUCGGAGCGCACGGGCGUUGACUUUGUUGACCUCUACCACAAGUCGGACCUCUUCAGGCGCAACCAGGAGCUAGUGGAGUCCCUCAAGACCCCUCCGCCCGGGCAGCAGGACCUGCACUUCGCCACGGAGCACUCCACGUCCUUAGUCACGCAGUUCUACGUGAACCUGUGGAAGCGCUCCGCCAUGUAUUGGCGCGCGCCCGACUACAACGCCGUGCGCUACAUCUUCUGCACUGUCUUUGCUCUCCUCAUCGGCCUCGUCUUCUUUGGUCUUGGCAAGAAGACGGCCACCAUGCUGGACAUAUUCAACGUCAUGGGUGCGCUCUACACCACGUCUAUCUUCAUGGCUUGGAACAACUCCGCUGCCGUGCAGCCGCUGGUAGCCGUGGAGCGCACCGUGUAUUACCGAGAAAAGGCAGCAGGGCUGUACGGCGCGCUGCCGUAUGCGUUCGCGCAGGGGCUGAUUGAGCUCCCGUACGUGCUCGUGCAGACGUUUCUGUACUGCAUCAUCACGUAUGCGCUGGUGCAGUUUGAGUGGACGGCGGCCAAGUUCUGGUGGUACUUCCUCUUCAUGUUCAUCACGCUGUUCUGCUUUGUGAUGUACGGGCUGCUCGCCAUCUCCAUCACGCCCAACGAGCAGCUCGCCAUGCUGCUCUCCUCCUUCUUCGUGCCCUUCUGGAACCUGCUCUGCGGCUUCAUCGUCCCCAGGCCGCAAAUCCCGGUGUGGUGGCAGUGGUUCUACUGGCUGACGCCCAUCUCGUACAGUCUCUACGGCUUGAUUGAGUCGCAGCUGGGUGACAUCACGACGCCCAUACAGGUGGACGGAGUGGCAGGCAAUCAGACAGUGGAGAGCUUUCUGACCGACUACUUUGGCUUCCAGUACUGGUUCCUGCCAUAUGCCGCACUCAUCCUCGUCGCUCUCACCAUUGUCUUCUUCUGCUGCUAUGCAUACGCUGUCAGGAAGAUUAACUUCCAAAGGCGUUAG